UUCGAGUAUUUCGAGUAUGUAUCUAACCAUUCUAACCAAAUUACUGAGUGUGCACAACACAUGCAAUAUGUGAUUUAAACAAUUCAAGUUACCUUUUUUUUUUUUUACCUAUUAAACAAUUAUAUAUUAUGUACUAAAUAGUUUAUGAGUCAAAAUGUCUUCAAAUGAGUUAACAUUUGAAGAUGAAGAAAAGUAAUUAUAAACUUUUUUAUCAUUGUUUAAAUUAUACACUAUCUAGCUGUCCUGCAAUUUUUGCCCUUACACAGUACAGUACGAAAAAAAAUAAAAACAUAACUUCCUGUUCCCACGCUUUUUCCUAUUACAGUUAACCAUUAUUGGUCAAAAAUACAUUUGUCAAAAAUGUUACUUCCUUCCUAAUAACAGUUAAUUUAAAUAAUAAUAAUUUUUUUUAUGGGUAUCAUCAAGGUGGUUAACUAUAAAUCAGCAUAAAUAAUUAUAUUUUCAUUCCAAAAAUCUAUCAACUUUUUAGGGAUUGAAUAUCAGAAAUCAGACAGAUGUAUAUAUGAUCUGUUCAUCAGCAUCUGUAUAAAAAAUUUUCAAGUUGCAACAGAUUUAUCUGUGGAUCAUACAGAUAAUUCAUUUUUAAUUGUUCUUAUAAUAUUUUCUAAACAAUAAAACUGGUUGAAUUCACUAGGUAGUCAUAUUUGCAAUUUUGGUUUACAGCUUGUUAGCUUAUUACAAGUUCUAUUAAUGAGAUCUAUAAUAAAAUAUCUUAGAUGAUCUUAAUAAGGAUUACAAUUUAAUAUCCAUUUUUCUAUAUAAACUAAUAUUUUUUUUAAAAAUAAUUUGCUUUAUCAGUCAUAGUAGAUUCCUAUAAUUUUGGUCUACAUUUCAGAUGAAUCUAGUUCAUUAAGUUGCAAGCAACAAAGUCAUGUAACUGCAUCAUUAGGCUUAUCCCCAUUCCCAAAAUACUAAUACUUAACAUAUAUGUCUCAAGGCUAUCAUCCUAAAAUAUAAAUUUAACUCAAUUGACUACUCAUAUUGCUUAGAUAUACUAGUUCUAUGAAUAAUAUUUAUUAAUUUUGUUUAAUAUAUAUUUUAUUAUAUUAUAGGUGUAUAUAUUUUUUUAAUCAAUUGUAUACAAUUUUAAUUUGUUUAGAUUUAAAUCAUUAGUUUGCCGACGAUUGCUUGAUAGUGGCUGGGUGGAUGAAAUAACUUUAUUAUGCAAAGAAAAAUUAUAUAACCGUUUAUCUGAUGGACAAACUUUAGAUUCCAUUAGCGAAAAUGAUUUAUUCAAUGAUCUUGCCCCAGAUGCUAGAAGUAUGUACAAAUUAAAUUACAUUUAUAAACACACAUUUAUUUUCUAUUUUUGUUUUAGAGAAGGUACCAGAUACAGUUAAAAGAGAGUUGAAAGUUAAAGUACAAGAUAAAUUGUUACGUCUAGCAGGAUAUUUUGAUGAAGGAAAUACUGAUGCAAAACAUUUAAAUUGACGAAUAAUUGUAAUUUUAAAAUUAUAUACACUGUUAUGCAAUCAUUUGUACAAACUGAAAAUUAGUUUAUUCAAAUAAUAUUGUAAUUUGUCUUUGAAAAAAAAUAAUCAUGAAUUUAAAUAUAACUUUCUAUGUACCAAAUUCUCUUAUGCUUAUUAUAUUUUAUUAAUUAUAAUUUAUUUUUUCAUAAUUUAGAAAUUAUUUUAGUUCUACUAUUGGUUCUUUUUCUAAUUUAAGCCAAUAAAAUGGUAGGUAAAUA